CGCAGAUUUUAGAGAUUUGAAAUCUCUAAAGCUAAACUCCCAAUUCAGAAAAAAAAAAAACAUAACUUUCUACAAAAUCUACAGAUUCAGUAAAUCCACGUUCUAAAUCCUGUUAUCCAAACGACCCCGAAGUUAGUGGUCAGGCUCAUUUAGUUGCUUUAAUUCAUUAGUAAUGAAUGUUACUUAGACAGUGGUUGGUUAGGGUGUAAUCGAAAGUUAAUGGGCAUAGUAAAUCUCAUUAAGUAAUGAGAACAAAUAGGGGUUAAUUGCAUGGUUGGUCACUGAGAUUACAAAAAACGUUCAAGUUUGGUCACUUGAAAUAUUUAAAUCCAUUGAUGGAUCUUUAGUUUACUGAAACCGUUGACGUUUGCUCACUCUCCGUCCAACUCCAUCCAAAGGCGAAUUCCUUCCGCCUCCCUCCUCCUCCUCCAAUCCUCCCUCUUCCAUCCCCUUGCUGGUCGCUUCUCCACAGACCCCAAAACCGGUCAUGUCUACGUCUUCCCUCCAUGUGCAUAUUAGUUUUAUCCCUAUCUAAUGAGUAGUGUUUAAAAUUUUUAUAGAAGGGGUCCUAUUUUAGUUGGUUUUAUUCAAUUCAACUAUUGACCAAAAGAAAAUAUUAAUAAAUAAUAAAUUACAUAAAUCUAGACCAACCACAUUUGUUGUAAAUUUAAAUGUGGCGGAUAAAGUAAUAUAUCUGCAUAGCCAAAUCAGUAGUUCAAGUCAGACACUCCCAUAAUCCAUCUUUCUUUUAGUGGAAUUCACUUCAACUAUUCAUGUCAACUAAAUAAUAUAAUUUUUUGAGUUGAAGGGAAAUAUCUAAAUAUAUGUCUUAUUCGUUUCAAUAAUCCAUAUUUAUAGCAAUGAAAUACUUUAUCUAAUGAGUAGUGAUUUAAGUUGAUUAAUAAUUAAUCAUUACUUGAAAAUUAGUGACCAAAUUUAUCAUAUACCCGACCGAAUUUAUCAUUAUUUGAUAUUACUGAUUACCAAGUUAGUUUUUGGGUUUGCGAUUGAGAUUGGUUUUUUUAGUAGUAUUUAAUAUUCAAGAUAUAAGAUUGAAAUUGAUAUAUACUAAGAUAUCGACUAAUACAAAUUUUUUGAACAUGAUACAAUAAAUCUUCACUAAACUUAGUGAGCUUCAACCCCCUCUCAACUAAAUUAAGGCCAUGGUUCCCCCUUAACUAAAAUUUAUAAUUAGGUAUGUCAUUUUACGAAAUGACUAAUUCUUAUUAUCUGGCAUUUAUACUCAUUAUGAAAUAUCUUAGAAGAUUGAAUUGUCGUGAAACUAAAUUGAGAUUUAGAAAAUUAUGAGUGCUUUAAUAAUAUUGAAGUAUAAGUUUAGUUCCUCAAUUUAAAAAAUUAUGAGUGCUUUAAUAAUAUUGAAGUAUAAGUUUAGUUCAUUGUACAUAGGGCUGGCAAAUCGGUUUUCGAUUGUCAGAUAACCGGUCGGUUAUCCGGUAACCAAAAACUGAGAUAACCGAAGGCGGUCGGUGUUCGGAGGCUCGUCGAGAGGCAUCGGAUAGCCGAGUAACCGACGGCGACAACCGUCGGUUAGCCGAGUAACCGAAUCCUCUCGCCAAAACUCCAAACCCCCCCUCCCCCCUCCCUUAUGUGCAAGCCGAAACCCGAAACUAGCCCCUUCUGCCCCCAUCUCCCUCAUCAACGAUCACCCCUUCCGCCGCCUCAUGCACCAAAUCAGAGACCACCGCUACCAGAAACCUUCCCUGGACCCCGUCGACCUCCGCCUCCGCCUCCGACUCCGACCUCCGCCUUCGCCUCCGCUCGCCAUCUCUCCCAAUCUCCACCUCCGCUCACCGCUUCCCCGCUUCUCCGAGCUCCGCCUUUGCAUCUGGAUCUGGCAAAAGGAAAGAAGGAAGAAGGAAGAGGAGAGACAAGACAAAUGGAAAAGGAAAGAAGGAAGAAAUUGAAAGAAAGAAAGAGAAAGAGACGAAAAGGAAAGAAGGAAGAAGGAAGAGCAGAGACAAGACAGAUGGAACAGGAAAGAAGGAAGAGAUGGAAAGAAAGAGAUAGAGACGAAAAGGAAAGAAAAAAGGAAGAGAAAGAGACGGAAGGGUUUCCUUACCUUCCCUUUAUUUAAAUUUUUUUCCCUAGAACCAAGCUCAUUCCUGCUUGGCUAACCGACCAUAAAACCGAAACCGACUGGUCGAUUGGCCGGUUAACCUCUUCUUCCUCACGGUCGGUGGUCGGCAUUCAUUGGAGGUGGCUCGGUUUAACCGAUAACCGAGAAUUCGGUUUUCAGUAAAACCGAAACCGACCGACUGACACCCCUAAUUGUACAUAUGAUUGUAAUAAAUGACUAAUUCUUAUUUUCUUGUUUUUAUGUUUAUGAUGAAAUAUUUUUUAAGAAUGAAUUUCUUAGUAGUAUUGAUGAAUGAUUAUAGAGAAACUAAAUUAAUAUUUAGAGAAUUAUGGGUGAUUUAAUAAUAAUGAAGUAUAAUUUAGUCCAUUGCACAUAAUACUCCACUAUUAACAUACAUAAAUAGAAAGUUUCAAUCAAACCACCUUAUAAUUGUUUUGAAUAUGACAUUAUUUAAUUUAGUAUUUGGUAUAUAGUGAUGCAAUUUCGAAACAUUUUUUAUUGGAAUUGAUUUUAGUCAUUAUUUAGCAUUUGAGACACCAAUAAACUGAUUUCUUCUAGUCAUAGUAAAGUCCAUACACUAGUUAUUGAUUUAGUGAACAACCAUUUCACAUAUGCACACUUAUAUAACCCCUUAAGAAUCGAGAAAGGGGAAACUUGCCUAAUCUACAUUAGGAAAAGCCCGAGAAUAGAAAAAGAAAACCAUUUAACAUAAGUCCUAGCAGAAGGAGAAACUUGCCUAAUUGACAGGAGAAGAAUGUGGGUUAAGGGAAAAACUAUACGUGAGAGAAGAAGGAAAAAAAACCCUUUAAGGUAAGUCAUAGCGAAAGGAAAACUUGCCUAAUGGACAGCUAGGAAAACAUGGGUUAAGAAGAAAAAUCUCUCCUUUAAAGUAAUUUCUAGCGAAAGGGGAAACUUGCAUAAUCGACAACUAGAAAAACGUAAGUUAAGAAGCAAAGAAAUGUUCUUAAGAUAAAUCUUAGCAGACCCUAUGGUGCACCCUUCCACAUCCCACCAGCCCCCUUAAACAAAUUUGUGCUAUUUAUAUACUUAUAUAUGGACCAUUUAAUUUGGGUUGAGGUUUAGUCGAAAUUUUGGUCACGCAGAGGGGGUGGCAAUGGCUACUAGGCUUGGGUGGGGGCGGUGGGUGUGUAGGAUAAGUAUUAAGGUUACCUGACGCUAAUUGUCUGGUCCAGAACCACCACCUUCCGUUACUUGGAGGAUAAAUUGGUAGUGAAAUUGCAAGGACGGAAACAAUGUGACCUUUCAUGGGCGACGAAGCAAACUCUACUUAAAUCUGUUGCAUCGGCAUUGCCGGCAACUUUAUGUCUUGUUUCUAGUCACAGACAACUUUAUGUCCUAAAGUCGCAAGUAUAUGACACGAUUUUGGUGGGAAAAUGAGGGCGGUAUAUGGGCUUCUUGGAGUUCGUUGUGUAUGAGUAAAGAGGAUGAGGGUCU